GAGUUCUCAGCCUUACAGGAAGACAGUGAUUUCGAAAGUUAUUGUUGUUCUUUUAUCAGAAGCGCUGUGCUGCCACUUUGCUUUGACCUGGAAAACUAAUUAAUCUAACGUUUUGAAGCGACCGGCUUCUGAAAAUCACAACAAUGAUUCUUUAAUCAUUACAUAAGACACACAGUAUUGGACCCCUAUCUUCUUUUCUUCUGACAGCUGCAGAUAAGUUCAGAGAGGAGCGAUGGCCAUCGCUCACGUUGCUACAGAGUAUGUGUUCAGCGACUUUCGGCUGAAGGACCCAAGCCAGGCUCGGUACCAGAACAUCCGAACGGAGCUGGCCGUGGACAAGAUGGUGACCUGCGUGGCUGUGGGGCUGCCCCUCCUCUUCAUCUCCCUGGCCUUCGCUCAGGAGGUCUCAGUUGGUACUCAGAUAAGCUGUUUUUCUCCCACCAACUUCUCCUGGAAACAGGCAGGUUAUGUGGAUUCGUACUGCUGGGCGGCUGUUCACAAAUACAGUCUGGUUCUGGCGCUGCACAAGUUCUUCCCCUACAUGCUGCUGCUGGUGGCGGUGCUGAUGUACUGCCCCGCCUUGUUCUGGAGGUUUUCCGCAGCGCCGGUCCUGCAGUCGGACCUCGCCUUCAUCAUGGAGGAGCUGGAUCGGUGCUACAACCGCGCCGUCACUCUGGCCAAACGCUUGGCGACCUCUGGGCUGCCGACCUCAGACAGCGACCCCACGGAGGGUUGCUUCAACUACCCGCUGGUGGAGAAGUUCCUGACGACCAAGCGCUGCUCCCGGGUGCUGCUGUCCUACUACCUGCUGUGCCGCGGCCUGACUCUGGUCACGCUGCUCUGUGCCUGCCUCUACCUGGGCUACUACCUCCACCUGGCCUCCAUCACGGACGAGUUCAGCUGCCUGCUGCGGGUCGGCAUUCUCGUUAACGACACCAGCAUCCCAGAGAAGGUUCAGUGUAAGCUCAUCGCUGUGGGAGUCUUCACUCUGCUCAGCGCCGUCAACCUGGUCAUGUUCAUCGCUCUGAUCCCGGUGGUGAUCUACGCCAGCCUCCGCCCGCUCUUCUGCCAUGGAUACGCCCUCUUCCUGGAGACCUACCAGUCUCUUCCCACCGUGAGCGUCCUGCCCACUCCCAGCGGCCAAUGGGACGACCUCUCUCUGUACCUGCUCUACCUUGAGGAGAACCUUAGCGAACUGAAGUCAUACAAGUACAUGAAGGUGUUGGAGAUGUUGAAGAAGCGAGGCGAGUGCGCAGGAGAAAACUUUGACACCGUGGGGCUGCUGCAGACGCUCUGCCUGGUGAAGAUGGACACCGUGGAUGCGAAGAAGGCCCCGGAUCUUCAACCCAAACCUCCGUCCGGUUUGGCUUCAGGAUCAGAACCUGUCACCAAUGACGACAAACCUGCAAAGAACAACGUCAGCUGUCCGAACAACACCAAGACGGAAACGGAGAUGCAAGAGCUCUCUCCAUUGCUGCCAGGAAUCGAUGAGACAGGCAGCAAAACCGGAGAGGGCGGGACUCUUCGCCAGCGAGUGAUGUGAUUGGCUGGAGCUCUAAACUCAUGAUGGAUCCAUGAAGACGCUCUGAAUGUCUGGAUUCACCAACAUGGCGCUGACUUUUUUUUUUUCUUUAAUACUUGAACAAACUUGAAACUAAAGUGAACAAAAAAGGACUUGUUUGCUUUGAUUUCAUAAUUUUACUGUUUAUUUUCUUAAACUUUUGGUUGUUUUUCAGAUGUGGUGGGUAAAAAAAAAAAAAAAAAAAAUCACUACAAAACCAAAAAUGACUCCAGCUUUUCCCCUUGAUCGAGCCAACGUCGGAGGGGCUGCACUGACAGCAGAGCUGCACAAUGUUGCUUGAAAUUAAAUCAUCUCAGUCCGAGUUGAACAGUUUACAGACUCCUUUUGUGAGUACAGCUGCUGCGCCUGAAUAUGAUUGUUAUUCAGACUUCAUCUGAGUUAUUGUUUGAAUCUGUGCUGCAGAUUCAAUCUCUCAUUUCAAAGUUGAGGCUACGAUUGCAUCAUCUCACCUCUAAAGCCGGAGUUAUGAAUUUCCCUGAGGAGAAACUGAAUGUAAAGUGUGCUCACUGGAUUUUCUGUUAAGUGGUACAAAAACAGAAAAAAAAAAAAAAACAUGCAUGAUGCAUCUAUGUCUGUUUGGGAGCAGUUAGUUUUAAUGAGAUGGUCGAUCACAUUUCAGGAUGCUGUAACAUAAGAAUUGCACAAUGUGGUUUUUUAAGCUUUUUUCCCAGGUUUUUAUGCUCAUGACUUUCAAAAGAAUAAUUUGAAUCUCUACCUUGAUUUUUCUUGCUGAAGUAGUGGGUAGUUUUCUCAAAUUUAAUUUUUUCUUGCUGAAGUAGUGGGUAGUUUUCUCAAAUUUUAUUUUCUUAUUUUAGAGAUGCAUGAUGCUUUUGUAUUGGGGAGAGAUUUUCCAGUUUAACUAGGUACGGUGUGUUCAUUUUUCUCAUUUUAAUUUUGUUGACUCUCAGGAACAAACAUCUCACUUCAGAUUUUACUUUAUAUUGAGUCCGUUUUGCUCACGAAAUGCCUUUUAUAUCCAGUGUUCUUGAUGACGUUUUUAUUGAAAAUUGUUUUUGUCGACAGUGUUUUUGUGAGGAGGGGUAGUUGUAGCGUUUUGUAGAAUUAAAGCAGAAGUUUGUUUUUAUUUUGUGAUGAAUAAAGAUGGAAUCCUGUUCUUACAGCUGAA